AUGGACGUAUCAUGGGAAACACACAACCUGGCAUCGCGCAUCUCACAAUUACCGCCAGAACUCGCUGAAGCGUUACAACAAGGCGACGGCGCACACUUUCUGGCUCAACUUAGCAGAGCCGUUCUCGACAGACGAUACACGGAUACCAUUUUGAUUCACGCCGAAUCCUUGAUCCCACACUGCUGCGCCGAGUUCCACACUUCUUCCGACUACGUCUCGGUCGUCGCCGCAUACGCUCGUCUCGUCUCGCUCGCUCCUCACAUUUCCGAAUACGCCGAGCGCUACCUUAGUUCGCAUAAUGUCGAUAGCAUUCCCGACUCAAAUCUUUUCACAACCGAAUACUUCUUUGCCAUAAUCCGCUUGUUGCGAUUCGAUCGCCAGACCUUUGCCAAGUUUGUGCCCUUUUCACGGAUACAUCUAUUGCUCGACCACAAUGCUCGUGCGCUGCGUUAUCUUGCAAUCCGUGUGCUAUGUCUGUAUCUGAGCGCCGCAGAUGCUGCUCUACAAGACAUGACCAACAAGUACCUCGCCAACGAUGCUGGAACCCAGGACUUGAUUGCACCGCUGGGAUCGUGGGAGGACAAGGAGAUUGACUACCGUCUUCUCACUCUGUGGGAGGAGCGUCGCCUGAAGAACCUGGAGAAAGAGAAGGAAGCUUUACAACAAGAACGUGCUGCAUACAUGGAUGCUGGAAAUGCUCCUAGACAGCCCGUCGUCUUGCCAGCCGAACUCUUCCACCCUUCGACAGCAUGCAUCUCAGGCGUCUUGCUGCCUCGUGGUGCUGCUCCUACGGACGCCUCGACAAACUCAAUCAUCGACACUCCCACAACGGCCGCAAAUCUGGGUGAGCUGGCCACUUCGCUGAAGGCACAGAACCCGGUACUAUUGACAGGUCUUGCUGGUUCUGGAAAGACGCUACUGGUGCGUCAUGCUGCACGUCAGCUGAACAAGCUAAAGUCGAUGGUCACACUACACUUGAACGAGCAGAGUGACGCAAAACUGCUCAUCGGAAUGUACACAACUGGCAAGAACCCUGGGUCUUUUGUCUGGCAGGCUGGUGUUUUGACGACUGCCGUUCUCGAGGGUCGCUGGGUGUUUAUCGAGGAUCUGGACCGCGCACCGAACGACAUCAUAAGCACUUUAUUACCCUUGAUCGAGAGAAACGAACUUGUGAUCCCCAGCAGAGGCCAAACGAUACACGCAGCUAGAGGCUUCCGCAUCAUUGCUACCAUGCGUACCUCCCUGUCAAACAGCGGCCACGAGACUAAACCUGCCUACAACUUGCUGGGUGCUCGCCACUGGAAGUCUGUACAUGUCAGCAUGCUACCGUCAGAAGAGCUUAAACAAGUUGUAGUUGGUCUCUUCCCGACGCUGCAUGAGUUUGCUUCACAGUUCGUUACGGUCUUCCAAAAUCUGCAAUUACUCAAACAACAAGCACAUCUCGCAAGUCGCAGCAAGACUGGUCUGAUGCGUGAGGUCAAUCCGAGAGAUUUGCUCAAAUGGUGCGCCAGAGUAGCCCUUAUGCUUGGAAACAGACCAAACAUGACUGCUGGUGAGCUCGAUCAAAUUUUCCUCGAUGCUGUUGAUUGUUUCGCUGGCGCUUUGCCGGAAGGCACCGCUUACUCCACUCUCACUUCAUGCAUCGCCGAGAACCUGCAAAUCGAUCCCCAACGCUGUCAGCAUCUACUAGGCGAGAGGACCAUCAUUCACAAGGAGGAACCCUCACGAGUCACCAUCGGCCGUUCGGCCUUUUCCCGUCAACAGCGGAAAGGACUCGCUGGUCUCACCGGCAAGCGCGCCUUCUCAACGAACGCACACACCCUCCGUCUACUUGAUCGUGUCGCUGUGGCUGUAUCGCAGAAAGAGCCUCUUCUCUUGGUUGGUGAAACUGGUACUGGUAAAACUACUAGCGUUCAGCACCUUGCAGACCAGCUUGGCAAGAAGCUUGUGCCUUUCAACUUGUCUCAACAGAGCGAAAGUGGCGAUCUUCUUGGUGGCUUCAAGCCCGUCAAUGCUCGCUCCAUCAUCAUACCCUUGAAGGAGGAGUUCGACGAUUUGUUCUCGGCCAGUUUCUCGUACAAGCGAAAUGCUCAGUUCAUCGAGACGCUCAAUAAAUGCAUGGGCAAGCAACAGUGGGUUCGUGUAUGCAAAUUGUGGAAUACAGCUCUUGGUAUGGUAGAACAACAACGAGUUGCUGCUUUGCAAGCUGGCUCCAGAUCUCCCUCUAGGAAUGCUGAGAACCCUGCCAAGAAGCGCAAGGUCGAGCCAGCCAUGAGUGCUAUUCUGAGUGGAAGAUGGGACAAAUUCGCUUUGGAAGUCAAGAGCCUCGAGAAGCGUCUCUCUGCUGGUCAGGAGGCGUUUGCAUUUGCCUUUGUCGAGGGAAACAUUGUCAAGGCCGUCAGAAAUGGCGACUGGGUCCUUCUUGAUGAGAUCAACCUGGCUUCACCAGAUACGUUAGAAGCACUGGCUGACUUGUUCGAUGUUAGCUCACCCUCUCUUAUGUUGAGUGAAGCUGGUAGCGUCGAGGUCAUCAAGGCUCAUCCUCAAUUCCGUGUCUUUGCUGCUAUGAACCCUGCGACCGAUGUGGGUAAGAAGGACUUGCCUCUCGGUAUUCGUUCAAGAUUCACCGAGCUCUACGUGGAGAGUCCGGACCGUGACUAUCAAAGUCUGCGUAACAUUGUCCAGGCUUACCUUGGUCAGGAGGCAGUUUUGGACAGAUCUAUUGCCUCAGAUGUGGCUAAGCUGCACCAAGCGACGCAAAAGCUGAACGAAGAGAAUCUGCUUGUCGAUGGCGCUGGUCAGAAGCCGCAUUUCAGUUUGAGAACGCUGACACGUGCUUUGAUCUAUGCAAAGGAUGUCUCGCCGCUCUGCUCAAUUCGACGAGCUGUUGCAGAGGGUAUUCAGAUGAGUUUCUUGACCUUGCUCGACAAGGAGUCUGAAGCUCGUCUGUUACCACUCAUCCACCAGCAUAUGUUUGGUAAACUCGCAAAUGCUGCAGCCGAGCUCAAGAAGCCCUUCCGUCAGNNCCCUCAGGAUGGACACACCUAUGUCAAGGACGGAGCUUACUGGCUCAGACAAGGCAACUUUACAGUGCACGAUCAACCGCACUACAUCAUCACGCCUUUCAUCCGUCGCAAUCUCGAUAACCUCAUCCGUGCUUCUUUUACUCGCCGCUUCCCUGUCUUGAUUCAAGGUCCUACCUCUGCCGGAAAGACCAGUAUGAUUGAGUACCUGGCCAACAAAUCUGGAAACAAAUUUGUCAGAAUCAACAACCAUGAGCACACUGACUUGCAAGAGUAUUUGGGUACAUAUGUUUCUGGUUCAGACGGUCGUCUGCAGUUCCAGGAAGGUGUUUUGGUGAAGGCUCUGAGAGAGGGUCAUUGGAUUGUGCUCGAUGAGUUGAACUUGGCACCUACCGAUGUCCUUGAAGCUUUGAACAGACUACUUGAUGACAACAGAGAGCUGCUCAUCCCCGAGACUCAAGAGACUGUGCGCCCUCAUGAGAACUUUAUGCUUUUCGCCACACAGAAUCCUGCUGGUUUGUAUGGUGGCCGUAAAGUUCUUUCACGUGCUUUCCGCAACCGUUUCCUUGAGCUCCACUUCGAUGAUAUCCCAGUCGAGGAGUUACACACCAUCCUUCAACGCCGUACUCAGAUUCCCGACACAUGGUGCAAGCGUAUUGUUAGUGUCUACAGAGAGCUCUCGGUAUUGCGCCAAGAGAACCGCUUGUUUGAGCAAAAGUCUUUCGCGACUUUGCGUGAUCUCUUCAGAUGGGCACUGAGAAAAGCAGACACGAUCGACGAGCUUGCUGUCAAUGGUUUCUUGCUCCUUGCCGAGAGAGUCCGCAAGCCUGAGGAGCGUGACGCAGUAAAGAAAGUCAUCGAGAAAGUCCUUGGACAGAAAGGACCCAAGGUAUCGAUUAACACUAGUAUGCUUUACGGUGUCCAGUCUCCAUUGCUGCAAUCAUACCUCACUCAGGCUGGCUCGAAGGGUGUUGUCUGGACGAAUGCCAUGCGCAGGCUCUAUGUCCUGGUUGCAACUGCUCUCCAGAACAACGAACCAGUCCUGUUGGUUGGUGAAACUGGUUGCGGUAAGACUACCGUUGUUCAAAUGCUUGCCGAUGCCAUCCAAAAGGAGUUGCACAUCGUCAACGCACACCAGAACACCGAAACUGGUGACUUGAUUGGUGCUCAAAGACCUCUGAGAAACAGAGCGGCGAUCGAGCUGCAGGUCCGUGAGAUGCUUAUGUCGCUUCCUCAUGCCGAGAUUCAGGAAGCUGCAACUACAUCCAGUGUUGAUGAGCUGCUUAUCGUCUACGACAAGGUCAAGGCCAAUGCAGACCUGAGCGACCCCUACACUGCCCAGAUCUACCAGGCCAUCGAUGCCAAUCGUCCACGACUGAAGGCAUUGUUCGAGUGGGCCGACGGUUCUCUCGUCCACGCAAUGAAGACUGGUCAGUACUUCCUGCUCGAUGAAAUCUCACUCGCAGACGAUUCAGUCCUAGAGCGUCUGAACAGCGUGCUUGAACCUUCACGAGAGAUGCUUCUUGCCGAGAAGGGAUCGCUUGACUCGUUCGUUNNAAAAGCACAACCUGGCUUCCAGUUCUUCGCUACCAUGAACCCUGGUGGUGACUACGGCAAGAGAGAGCUGUCACCGGCUCUGCGUAACCGUUUCACCGAGAUCUGGGUGCCCGCGCUAUCCGAUAUCGAAGACGUCCUGCAGAUCAUUCGUUCUAAGCUCAAGGACCACGCGGCGCCAUACGCAAAUGUUCUCGUCGAGUUUGCUCAAUGGUUCAACCAGCGCUACAACACUUCUGCUGCAUCCUCCAUCUCCAUUCGUGACACUCUCGCUUGGGUGGAGUUUGUCAACCGUCAGCCACACCGUGAUCCUGUCUUCUCCAUCAUCCAUGGUGCGGCUAUGGUCUACAUUGACACUCUUGGUGCCAACCCCGCUGCACUUCUCGCAAUCAACCCUGGCACUGUCAACUACGAAAGGUCGCAGUGUUUGGAUGAGUUGAGCAAGCUCAUCAAGGCCGAUGCAUCUGCAGUCUACAACUCGCCGAUCCACGUGGAAGUCACCGAUGAGGUCUUGGAACUUGGCGCUUUCUCCAUCCCAGUCAUCACCAAGGGCAAUGAGCCCGGUUUCACCUUCCUGGCACCGACAACCAGAUCAAACGCCAUGCGUGUCAUUCGUGCUCUCCAGCUCACCAAGCCCGUUCUGCUCGAAGGUAACCCUGGUGUAGGAAAGACUACUCUGGUGACGGCCUUGGCACAAGCGAUUGGCAUGCCCUUGACGCGUAUCAACCUGUCAGAGCAGACUGAUCUGAUGGAUCUCUUUGGUUCUGAUGUCCCUGUCGAAGGUGCUGAAGCUGGUACAUUCGCCNNUGAGCGUGAUGCACCAUUCUUGCGAGCUAUGAAGAAUGGUGAGUGGGUAUUGCUUGACGAGAUGAACCUUGCCUCCCAGUCAGUACUGGAAGGUUUGAAUGCUUGUCUUGAUCACAGAGGUGAGGUUUACAUCUCUGAGCUGGAUCAGACAUUCCGCCGCCACCCAGACUUCAGACUGUUCGCUGCGCAGAACCCUCAUCACCAAGGUGGCGGCCGUAAAGGUCUGCCAGCCUCGUUCGUCAACCGUUUCACUGUUGUGUACGCAGAUGUCUUCAGCCCUGAGGAUCUUGUUCUCAUCUGUCAAAAGUCGUUUGCCAGCUACGAUGCAGACAAGAUCGCUCCUAUUGUGUCUUUCAUCGAUCAGUUGGACAUUGAGACUCAGCGCAGAAAGAUCGGUUCUCUUGGUGGACCUUGGGAGUUCAACCUGCGUGACACUCUACGUUGGUUGAACCUAAUUACUGCUGAGCAAGGCUUGUUGAAGGGUGGUCAGGUUGAUGGUUUCUUCUCUACCAUCAUCUCGCAGCGUUUCCGUACUCCUAUGGAUAGAGCACUGGUGACUCAACUCUUCCAGAGCAUUCUGCCUGAAACUCCUGUUACCCACAGCAUGUUCCACAACAUCGGGCCCAAGCACUUCCAGGUUGGCUUGGGAAUGCUUCAGAGAAAUGCUCACCUGGCAAGAGUUGGCGCCGACCAUCAAUACUUUGACUUCAAGCCCUACCUUCGAGUCUUGGAGUCUGUCAUGGUUGCUGUGCAGAAGAGAUGGCCAGUCCUGCUUGUUGGUCCCUCUGGUUCAGGAAAGACUGCCAUUCUGGAGAAGCUUGCAGCCGUCCUUGGUGUCGACAUGGUUACAUUUUCUAUGAACGCUGACGUCGACUCCAUGGAUCUGGUUGGUGGUUACGAACAGUCAGAGCCCCAGCGUGCUAUUCACAGUUUCUUGCAGAAGCUUCGCACCUUUGCCGCAUUGCAGACUGUCCGUUGUUUGACUCUGGAUGCGAACAAGUCUGCGCUUGAGGCACUACACCGUCUUCGCCAGCUGGUAUCCAAGGCAGACACAAGUCUCAUCACCACUGGCCGCAAUGAAGUGACUCUUGAGAUUGCUCAUUUGCUCCAAAACUUCAUCUCUGUUGCUCGAUCGUCUGGGGAUCUCUCGUCAAGCACUUUCAUGAUUGACGUUCCUGAGGCCGAAAUUUUACUCGAGCAAGUCAACGCUCUGAUCUCUAAGCCUACUGCCAUCAGCCGAGCUCAAUUCGAGUGGAUGGAUGGUAUGCUUGUACAAGCAUUGGAGCGUGGUNNGGAGUGGCUUGUCUUGGACAAUGCCAACCUCUGCAGUCCUGCCGUCUUGGACAGACUCAACUCUUUGCUUGAGCCUAACGGUACACUCAUCAUCAACGAGAACACUGAUGCUUCUGGUCAAGCUCGUAUCAUUGUACCACACCCGAACUUCAGAAUCUUCUUCACCAUGGAUCCUAGAUAUGGUGAGCUGUCCAGAGCAUUGCGCAACAGAGCUGUCGAGCUGUUCCUUCUGUCGCCAGCUUCGACCCCUGAACAUUCUUCAAGCUUGGAGUUCUCGUCUGAGUCCAGCCUGCACAGAUUCCGCAAUACGGAAGUUCUUGAAAAUAUCGAUGUUGAGAGUGCACUGACUCCCCACAUCGCACGCACCGUCAUAGAAAGUUUGUCACACCAAGACACUCCCAUACUGUUUCAGUUCAUGGCUGGCCUCGAAGCUGGGCUCUACCGAACCCCGAGCAAUGUGCUUGACAGCAGCAAAAAUGUCCAGUUCAAGUUCAAGACUCUGCACUCUUCUCAGGAUGUCAACCAGCAGGUCAUGCCUGAAGCUGCAGACUCUGCUAUCCAGCCAUUCCAUCCUCUCAACAAUGUAGCACUUGCUCGUUGCAGUCUUGAGCCGACCGAAUGGGCUGCCGCCCUUUACGAGCUGGAAUGGGACGUCCAUUCUAUGCAGGUUGCACUUGAGGAGGUCAGAAACCGUGAUGUGCCUAAGCGCGAACAAACACGACUCCAGCGAUCUGCUCACGGCCAGGGCCCCAAGCAAAAGCACUUUACGAGUAAUGUCUUUGGGCUUCUUAGUGGUGCUGUCGAUGUAUGGUCAAGGUUCCUUGAUGUUGCCGUUUCAGCAAAACAGCAAGGACAGCUUGUUGGACAAUAUCCUGUCGACACCUUCAAGCCUUGGAGAAGGUACUGGUGGGAAUUCUUCAACUUGGUAGACUCCAUCGAUGUUGAAGAGGCAGUGUUCAAGGCAUACAUUGAGAUUGGUAUUCGUUUAGAGCAAACCAAUGGUAUCGAGUUCGCUGCCCGCUUCGCUGAAGAAGGCGCUCAAGCUGCCGAACGUUUCAGCUCAUACUUUGUCCUGCCAUUGGACCGAGCGUUCUCGCCAGAUAACAAGGGCGCUUCGAUGACUGCUCUUUGGACAGUCAUGAGACCAAAGACCGCACGUAAUUUCCAGCAACUGCAAGACAUUAUCGGAUUGGAAGCUAUGGCAGACAGAUUUGACAUCUUUGCUAGAAGACUCGAUGCNCCCCUCGACCAGCUUCUACAAUUGCAGCAAGCGUUUGGCAAGGCUUUGGCUGUUGUCUUGGAUGGAUCUGACGAGGCGCCUGCUCUUAUCGCCAGUCUCAAGGAAGCCAUGUCUGCGUUCAGUACCGAAGAGACCGAGAUUGCGCAUGUUUUGCCUCACUUCAAACAACAGUUCGAAGGUAUCGCUCAGACGUUCGAUCUUCUGUACGGCAAGGAUAUGUCACAGUACCCCCAAUCAGGCAUCUUUGGCGCGUUUGCUGGCAAGAAGCUGAGUGAGCAGUUGCAAGCACAGUUGCAGCGUGUCAACUUCCUGGCUUACAGACCCACCAAGUUCAUCUCUGCUCAGCAAGGUGAUAUUUUCGAGCCACUCGGCAAACACGUAGGUUUCUACAGCGAUGGUCAGAAACCAUUGGCUUUAGAGACAAACCUUCACCAGCACGUUCUUGCUGGUCUUGACCACAUUGAUGAAGUGCCUCUGAGCAAAUUGGACCUGCUCAGAACCGAGGCUCAGAUCAUGAGCCAGAUCAUCACAAGCAACACGCACGAUCUGGAAGCCAACUACAUUCAUGUCUUGGAUGGCCAUCUUGCGGUGCUGGCGGACGUGCUCUUGCGCUCCUUGCGUGAGGUCUCUCGUGCAAAAGAUAUCAGACAAGCCGACUGGCAGCCCUGGAUCGAUUGGGCUUCCGAGUCUUUCCGCUCAGGUAAAGCAACUGCUGCCCCUUCCAUGGCGUCAGCACAGGAUGCCGCUAGCAUUUGCAAGCUUUAUCUCGACCCUCUAGUUGUCUACCUCGUUAAUGCUUCUGCUGCACGUUCAACAGACCCGGCUGUCUCUUCCAGAGCAUGGUUGAGAUUUGCUCUCGGAUGCAUGUCGCUGUACAUUACUAGCAAGCCUUCCGAUCCCGCGCUACGUCCCAUGCUUGACAGACAAAUCUUCCGCAAGACAUUUGCCGACCUUCAGACCAAGCUAGCAGCCUUGCAGCGUUUCGCUGAUGCAACCGGUCUUUACUCUUCGCUUCGUACCGCUUUGGUCAAGCAAGAAAUCACUGAUCUUGGACAGGAACCUAGUGUUCAAGACAUUGCCCGACCUUCUGUGUCAGAGAUCACCAAGCUGCAAGGUGAACUCAACGCUCUGCAAAGAGCACUGGCCCCUCUAUAUAAUGCUUCCGAGGAUAUGCUUGUAGGCUUUGCCAAGGAUGCCGUCUUGCGCCAGAAUGUCAGACAGGUCAAGGCUCGUCUCAGUGAUGGUUACCGUGCCUAUGCCGAUAUUACUGGACCUGUCAUGGGCUUCUUGCACUGUCUCGAAGUCGGUUUCGCGCUUGCCAACCUUGUGCCCGAGGACGAUGUCAAAAUGGAGAACACUGUCGACAUCAAGCACUUCUCACCUCUUACUGGUGCAUUGCCCGACUAUGUCCAGAAAGCCACUGCCAUCACUGCUGUCAUGGAGGUACCUCACCACAACAACGUCAGAAUGCAUGCCUUGUCGUCUUUCGCUACCAUGAGUCGCAUCAUGCCAGAGACUAAGCUUUCAACCUGGGAUGCUGUUUUUGAUAUCUUCGACUUUAUGUAUCAGCAAUGGCACAUUGAGCUGCAGAACAACCAGCAGCAGAAUGCCGCCGACCACAGUCUUUACACUCACCGUGGUGACGAAGAAGCAGAGGAAGAAGCUGAUCAAGCUGAAUUGGCAGAACUCUUCCCCGAGUAUGAUACUGAGGAAAGUCCUGAGACUCAGAACAAGUCGGCCGCACCUCAGAAAAUGCAAGCUCUGGCUCCAAGUCUUGCCACCGUACUUGCCGAGAUUUACAAGAAGGGCGACGCUAACGAGGAUGACCUUCUCGCGUUGGUCAAGAAGUCGGCAUCGCUGCUUGGCAAGCAGUCCUACGAACAAACCAUCGAGAGUGUUGAUGGCUCAAGUGGUAUUCUCACUCCUUUGCUUGUUCUCAUCCUUCAAGAAAAGACUCAGAUGUUGAAUGGCUCUGGUUUCAAGAAGAAUCUGUACAACAUCUACACUGAAGCCAACCUCGCUGAAGCCGACAAGCUUAUCUCGUUGAUCAGAAAGGUGCAGGCUAGAUUCAGAGAUAUCCAGCAGGUGUGGCCUGAACACGCUACGCUUGGUGAUGUCUUGCGUAUCUGUGACGAACUUCUCGAGUUUGCCCACACUGAUCCUGUUGCCAAGAUCAUGACCAAGGUCGAGAAGCUUCACUCUUAUGUUCACGAAUGGCAAGUUGUUGCCAGCAGAGAGUACAGUGCGGCCGCGCUUUAUGACAGCAUCACCGGUCUCAUUGUUAGCUGGAGACAACUUGAGCUGUCCACAUGGUCAAGACUGCUUGAUAUGGAGACCAUCAAGUGUAACGAAGACGCCAAGAGCUGGUUCUACAUUGCCUACGAGAACAUUGUCGUCGUGCCAUUGUCAAUUGGCGAGACUGAGACUGAGAUGAAGACUCACGUCACCGAACUCAUCAAGACAUUGUACGGCUUCUUCACAUCGACUGGUCUCGGUCAAUUCAGUGCUCGCCUGAGAAUGUUGGGCAACUUCCGCGAGUACAUCAAGACUCGUGCAGCAAUUUUCCCUUCGUUCAGCAUUGCACACACUGCUCUGACCAACUUUGUUGCCUACAUGGCACGUUAUGAGCCUUUGGUCAACCAAGCCCUUGACACAGGCAGACAGAAGCUUGAGAAGGACAUGAAGAACAUCAUUCAGCUCGCUAGUUGGAAGGACACGAACAUCGAUGCAUUGAGACAGAGCGCCAAGGCCUCUCAUCGCAAGCUCUUCAGAGUCGUCCGCAAGUUCAGAGUUCUUCUCGCACAACCUGCCCAGAGUAUCGUCUCAGCAGGAUUGCCUGACAUUGCCUUCUCAGAGACUCCUACCGCUGCUGGCCUUCGCAAGACUGAGAUCCCUGUUGAUCCCAAGGCAUCCGCUUUGUGCACUGAAGUGGUGCCCAAGUGGAAUGAACGACCUGCUCGUUUCAAGAACACUGCCACGACCUUGACGGUCAUGCAGUCCAAGGGUGCCAUCAAGUCCGAGCACAUUGAUUGUGCUUCUGAGAUCAACACAUGGCUUUCUGAUACUGAGUCGAUUGCUGCCCAGCUUCGUAAAGCCACACCAACAACUUUGACAGAGGAGAACAGUGAGACUGUCAAGCAUCUCAAGAACCGUAAGCGCAAGCUCUUCGCCGAUGUUCUCAAGGAGCUCAGGAACAUGGGCUUCAAGAGCAAUAUGACAAGUGAUGUGUUGGCUGGACAGGACUCUUUGCAAGCAGUGUUGGCUGCCAUUCCUAUCAUGGAUAAGGACUUAUCGGAAAACUACCUGCAUCGUCUACUCUACCUCAUGCCUCUGGUCAGAGAAGCCGCCAGAGAACAUUCGGACGAUUUGACUGGUGCUGAGAUUGCACGAUCUGUGGCACUCUGCGAAAGUAUGCUGCAGGUCUUGAUUCAACAAAGAAAUGUCCUCGGAUCUAUUACUGAAGGUCAGAAGACUCUGGAGACCCUACUCAACCAGGCCGGAAGCCUUUGGGGUAACGGCAAGCUUGAACUCAGUGGCAAGAAGAAGCAGAGCUACGAUGUUAUUACUGCUAUUGCUUGUUUGCCUGUUAUGAUCAAGUCUGCUGCACGCAUUGUUGCUUCUCAAGCCGAGCUCGGUAAGCUUGACUGCGACAGUGUCGUCAAGAGUCUGGGACAGUGGGCUGUCAAGUUUGAGAGCUUCAAGACACAGUGGCAAGCUCUUGCCGCACUGCCUGCUGGAAUCACCAGUGACCAUCAUACCAAGGUCAUUGAGGAGAGCAAGGUUGCGAUGCAAGAGCUGCACACUGAGCUCACUGUUUGCAUCGAGCAGCAUCCCUACCUCGGAGCCACUCUCAGACAGCUUCAGCUCUGGGCAUCAGCCACCGACAGCACUUCAAAAUCGAAGAAGAUCUCGCGCAAGACAUCUAUCCAGAUCGACGAGUUUGGACAAGCAGCCUGUAACUUGGUUGACUCUAUUCUUGGUUCUGUUCAAGACCUUGAGAAGCCGCUCAGUCAACUUCCCGUGUCUGCAGAAGACCCUAACUGGCUCCUUCACGAGAGUCAGAACUUGUCUCUCGCUGCCAAGACUUUGCGCCUCCCUCAUGUUAUGACCCGUAUGCAAGAGCUCAUGUUGCAGGUACCACAGCUUGACACCAACCUCGACGUUGCUGCUGCAGUGGUGCACUCUUUCGUUCCUUUCAUUGCUCAGUACAACAAUCUUGCAGUGUACCUGUCUUCUCGUCUUGAGAAUCUUCAUGCAGCUCUUGAAGACCAGAAUGAGAUGACUGCCGCUGAUGGUGAAGAGAAGGAUGAGAAAGAGAAGAAAGAGAACGAUGAUGAUGCCGAGGAAGAGGAGGAUGAGGGCGAGCAGCAAGGUGCUGACGAGACUGAGAAUGGUCCUCCUGACGAGACUGANAAAACCGAUCCUCACUUGCAAGAGCAGGAUAACCUUGAGCUUCCUGAUGACAUCGACAUGGACGGCAAAUCUGAAGAUGGCGAUGAGUCGGGUAUGGAAGACAUGGGUGACAUUGAUCCCAUGGACGAGGACCUGCCUCAACCUGAAGGUGAACAAGAAGGCGAAAUCGACGAUCCAAGCAAGGAGGAAGACGUCUCACCCGAUGAUGAGAUUCCUGCCGAUCUCGACGCUCAACAAGACGAAGCCGACGAGAACGCUGAUGAGGAUGGUCAAGAUAAGACCAACGAAGUCGGUGAAGACGCCGAGAAGCCUGAAGAGGAAGAGGAAGCUCAAGAGGAUCAAGACAUGCUUCAAGACAACCGCAAGGAUGACACCAAUGCUGCCGAUGAGAUCGCACCCAGCGAAGCCCAAGGUGCCGGUCUCGAUGAUCAAGAGCCUCAAGACGACAACAAGGACAAUGAUGCAGGCGCUGCUCAACGAGAGUCUGGCGAGCAAGGCGCUCAACAAGAACAGCAACAACAAGCAGGUGCUGAAGGUGAACGAGGUGUUGCCGAGAACGCUGCAGCCGCCGCAAACGAGGAAAAGACAGAAGACAAGCAAGAGUCGAUGCCUUACAANAAGAUUGGCGAUGCUCUUGAGAAGUGGUACAAGCAGCAGAAGCAGAUUCAAGAUGCUCAGGCCGACAAGGAGGAACGCAAAGAACAGCCUCCUACCGAUGUCGACAUGAAUGACGCCGAGUUUGAGCACUUGCAGAACGAAGCCGAGGAGUCUGAUGCUCAGGCUCUUGGUGCCGCUAACGAGGAUCAAGCCAAGGCUAUCGAUGAAGAGGCUGGUGUUUCGACCAACGACAAGGAGCAAAGAGAGGAUUUCAUGCCUGAAGAUGAGGAAGAGGGUGAAGCUUACCGUCCAGACGAGGAUGUCGAGAUGGGCGACCGCGAGGAAGACGACAAGCAAAACCCAGAAGGCGGCGCCGACAAUAUUCCCAACGCCUUUGUUGGUGAAGCUCAGUCUCGCGAGGAUACUCUUGACCAAGACGGCCCCGGAGCUCAAGAAGACAACGAUGAUUCGAUCGAAGAAGUCGACCACCAACUCGAGUCUGCCCACAUAUCAUCUAUGGCCGAUCUACCUACCUUGUCACUCGAUGACGCAAGAGCAUUGUACAACACCCACGAGUCGUCGACUCGCAACCUCUCUUUACUCCUCGCCGAACAUCUUCGUUUGCUCCUCACGCCCACCCACGCCACAAAGAUGCGUGGUGACUACCGUACGGGUAAACGUCUGAACAUCAAGCGCAUCAUUCCUUACAUUGCUUCCUCGUACCGUCGCGACAAGAUCUGGAUGCGCCGCUCUGUGCCAUCCAAACGUCAAUAUCAGAUCAUGCUCGCCAUCGACGACUCGCAGUCCAUGUCUGAAGGUGGAGCCCAAACUCUCGCUUUCGACACCAUGGCCUUGCUUGCACGCGCCCUGUCGAUCCUCGAGGCUGGUGAAUUGUGUAUCCUUGGAUUCGGUGAAGAUGUCAGCGUCAAACUGCCUUUCGAAACACCAUUCACCGCUGAAGCAGGAGCAAAUGUCAUCAGAGGCUUCAACUUUGAGCAAACGAGAACAAACGUCAAGACUCUGGUUCAGAAGUCACUGGACUUGUUCAGGGCUGCUAGAGUCAGAGCACAAGGCGCAAGCUCUGAGUUGUGGCAACUGCAAUUGAUCGUGUCUGACGGUGUCUGUGAGGACCACGCAGGCAUUCGCUCGCUGGUGCGUCAAGCACAUGAAGAACGCAUCAUGAUGGUCUUUGUCAUCGUCGACGCCACUGCAACCGCCCCUCUGUUUCUGGCACCGCCACACCAUCCGCCAAUACCCUCACCUCUUCGCUCAGCAACAAUGGCUNNCUGCAGCCCCUCUGGUGCUGCUACUCCCGCUGCCCAAAACAAGAAAAAGAAUUCGAGUAUCUUGGACUUGCAGACUGCGGAAUUCGUCAAGGAUCCUAAUACUGGAGAGAUGAGUGUGAGGACUGUCAAGUAUCUAGAUUCUUUCCCAUUCGGUUAUUAUUUGGUGGUUAGGGAUGUUAGNGAGUUGCCUGGUGUGCUUGCUGGUGCGUUGAGGCAGUGGUUUGCUGAGGUUGUGGAGACACAGGGAUGA